AUGCCCCCAAAGCUGAUUGCCUCUCACGAUGCCGUGCAUGAGAAUCUUCAGAUUGUUCCCAGCGAGGGACCACCGUCAGUGAUUAUUUGCUUCUGCUGGAGGCCAGAGUAUAGCCAGGGACCAACCAAGGUGGAAGAAAUCACUUCUGUCACAGAAAGCUUUGCCAGUAUCAUCCAGGGUCUAAAGGUACAGCAUUUAACAGACCGAGUUAUUCAGAGAAGCAAAAGGAUGAUCCUGGACACUCUGGGUGUUGGCCUACUAGGAACCAACACAGAAGUCUUCCACAAAACUCUACAAUAUAGUAAGAUUUUCAGUACUGAUGUGUCCAGUUGCGUCUGGGGACAGCCAGACCUCCGGCUCCCGCCCGUCUAUGCAGCUUUCGUCAAUGGAGUAGCUGUUCACUCAAUGGACUUUGAUGACACAUGGCACCCAGCUACACAUCCUUCAGGGCCGGUACUUCCUGUCCUCUUGGCUUUAUCAGAAGCCUUUCCUCAAAAUCCCAGGUUCUCCGGACUUGACCUGCUGCUGGCUUUCAAUGUUGGGAUUGAAGUACAAGGCCGAUUAAUGCAUUUCUCCAAGCAGGCCAGUGACAUACCAAAGAGAUUCCAUCCACCAGCAAUCGUGGGCACUUUGGGCAGUGCUGCUGCCGCAGCCAAGUUUUUAGGGCUUGACCAGACAAAGUGCAGAGAGGCCAUAGCUAUUGCUGUUUCCUAUGCGGGGGCACCCCUGGCAAAUGCUGCCACACAGACCAAACCCCUCCAUGUUGGCAAUGCAGCCAGGCAUGGCUUAGAAGCUGCUCUCCUGGCUUUGCUGGGUCUUCAGGGGAACCAGAAGAUCUUGGACACAGAGGCAGGGUUUGGAGCCUUCUAUUCCAAGUAUGCCCCACAAGCCCUCCCAGCUUUGGAAUCUUACACUUUUCUGUUGGACCAGCAAGGCAUAGCCAUCAAGCGCUUCCCUUCCCACUUAGGAACACACUGGGUUGCAGAUGCCGCUGCUUCUGUGAGGAAGUACUUGCUCCCCAACGAUAGGAUCAAAAGAAUUGUGCUCAGAAUCCCUGAUGUCAAAUAUGUGAAUAGGCCUUUCCCAGUUUCAGAGCAUGAAGCCCGGCACUCCUUCCAGUUCAUUGCCUGUACCAUGUUGCUCGAUGGUGGCAUCUCAGUCCACUCAUUCCACGACAGCCAGAUUGGCAGGCUUCAACUAAGGGAACUCCUCAAUAAAGUAGAGCUGGAGUACCCUCCUGACAAUCACCCUAGCUUUGAUACCCUCUACUGUGAGGUGAGUGUUACCCUUGAGAAUGGAAAUUGCUUCACAGAGCGCUGCGAUACUUUCUACGGUCACUGGAGGAAACCACUGCACCAAGAAGAUUUAGAAGAAAAAUUCCGAGUCAAUUCUUCCACUGUGCUCUCCUCUGAGGCAGUAGAAGGUAUUAUAAGGACAGUGGAUAGGUUGGAAGACUUAGAGGAUUGUUCUUUGUUAACCACAUUUUUAAAGGGGUCUUGUCUCCCAAAGAAGACUUCACAAUGUACUCGGCAUGUACUUUCUACCCAUAGCCAUGCCUGAGACUUCCAAAGGUUGAAUGGUUUGGGUACUUUCAGGAUUUAUAGGAUCAUAGAUUUAGAACUCUUGAAGAGCUGUUGGAGGCCAUUAAGUAUAACCCUCUCAUUUUACAAAUGAGGAAAUUGAGGCACAAAGAGGCUAUUUGCCAGGGGUUAUACAACUUGUCAGUAUCUGAGAUAGGAUUUGAACUUGGAUCUUUUUUACUCCGUCUAGCAUUCUAUCUACUCUAUGUCCUGACUGCCAUGAUUAGGCAGGCAAUUGCUUUCAAAAGGCAAGCACUUGAAACUUGGAUUUCCUAUCAACCAACAAAUUCAGUAAAUAGUGUUAAAUCAGUGUUAAAUCCCAAUUCAGAUACAGUCUCACUAGACAUAUCUGGAAAUGGCAAAGUUGUCCUGUUCUGCCAAAGUUAGUAGACAUAAUUCUUAAGGCAACAUGAAAAAUCCAUAAGGUAACACAUUACUCAAGACAACAGGAGAAAGUCGCAAGACACUCAUAAGAUGCCAUGAUCAUAAGUCAUAAAUGAAGGGACUUCAGAGCCCUUUGAAGCCAAAUUCCUAAUUUUACACCGGAGGAAGCUGAAAAUCUGACAGAACGUUACUUACCUAAGGUCUCACACAGGUGGUGAGCAGAGUAUCAGAGGCAGGAAGGCUACACAUAACUCAGUCCAAGAGUACCUUGCCAGCAAAUUUAGCCAAUUCAACAGUUGCCAAUGGACUUUCAGGAGCUCCAUCUCUAGGGGGAAAUUCCAAUACACUAAAUUACUUCUACACCCUUAGGAAGAGCUCUACACCUUCCUCUACCGAGAGAUUUCUUAAUCAGUACUGAGCCCCUCCUCCCCAGAAUUCUGUGAUGGCAUAAAUCCCAGGGAGAAAAAUUCAGCUUUACUAUUGAGCUUGUGCAAGGUACAGGUUCAUAAAUAUAUUUCAAAAUUAACUUAUUUUAAAAACUUUGUUUGAAAUAAGGGUCUUUAUUUCUAUAUUAUUUAAAAAUUUUAAUGAGGUUCAUAAAUAAACUUCUAUUUGUUUGGUGAAUAAUAAUAAAGGGAUCCAGGUAGCCAGAUACAGAGUUAUGCCUGCUUAGAACUAAUGAGUCUGGGAAUAAAUUAUGAAGGACAGAUGAGAUGAGACUGCUUAGUCAGGAACUGGCAACUCUGGAGGAACUUUGGAAAAAAUUAGUUAAUUUUUUGUUCUCUUCCUCUUCUACAGGUUUGACAUUUGAUUACUCUAAAGAGUAGUUAUUGGGCAGCUAGAUGACUUGCAGGCUGGAGAGCCAGACCUGGAGACAGGAGGUCUUGGGUUCAAAUUCCAUCUCAGAUAUGUCCUAGCUGUGUGACUUCAGGCAAGUCACUUAACCCCAACUGCCUAGCCCUUACCACUCUUCUGCCUUGGAACAGAUUCUUAUUAUCUGUUCUAAGAAAGAAGAUAAGGGUUUAAAAAAAAAGAGUACUCAUGCUUUUAGCCUGAUUUUGUCCAAAAAAAAGUUUUUAUAAAAUACCCUUUGUAGAUACUCUAAGCACAUUUUCACCAUCAAUAUUUAAUAUUCUCUUUGCAUGUUCAUUGAUACUUGAUUUAUAUUUAAUUUUUCCUCAAUUAGAUUAUACACUCGUCAAGAGCAGGAAUUUUAUAUAGUAUUAUGUGUUAUUUAUGUAUUCUUCCUCCUAUUGCCUCCAUCACCCAAACCCCAGAUCCAAAGCCUGAAAUAUCUAGUAGGUGCUAUUAAUUGUCACUAUCUACAUCUUCUCAAAACGCAUUCUAAACAUUCCUACCCAGAAAAAGAAGCAAGGAAGCAAGGCUAUAAAAUAUACUGUAAUUGAUUAGCCAGAACACUCUGAGCUAACAAGUAAGGGAGAGGGAGGAAUUAGAACGCCAAGAAAUAACAGAAAUUGAGUGAACCCCACCAUCGCAAUCUUAUGACUCAAUUCUGGAGCUAACUCAGUUCCUUUUCUGUUCAGUUAUGGGUCUAGUCCAAUUUCUGUCUUAUGAGAAAAUGUUCUUCAAUCGUGGGAAUUGGGAGAAACCCUUAUUACACUGUUUGAACCUAGGUCUUUGUGGCUGGGAAGCUGGGCCACUUCUACUCGCUCGUAUAGACCCUUAACUAAGGAACUGGGUUAUGCUCACCAGACACCCAGACACCAGACACCAGACACCAGAUCUGAAGAUUGAUGAAAGAAAUUUUCUCAGUCACAUGUCUCAAGCAGCCCAAUAUGUCUUGUCUGAAAACUGGCCCUGUACUGGUCACGCAAACAUUCUUUCCACAUUCCUUUGAAUACAGACAUGAGGGGAGAAAGACAUCUCUUUUUCUGAUCUCAGAGAAUUGCACCCAUUUGUUCUCCCGCUCCCAACUUGGAAAGUCCCUGAUGUUUCCUCCAAUUAGCGAUCAGAUUGCCUAAUUUCAUAUCCUGGUUAAUUGUUUUCUUAUAAUUAACUGGUCUUAUUUGAUUUAUUGUUUUUAAUACAUCAAGAUCUGUCUCCCCCCGUAUUCCGGGUCCAGUGCCAAAGCUGAGGAUGACUUGGAACCAAUUUGUUAGACAACUGGCAUGCCUUACUCAAUAAAUCAAUCUGUUUUGAA